AUGGGUGUUUUAGAAGGGUCCCAUUCUUCAAGAAUAUGUGAAAUGAAGCUGUCCAAAUGGAAUUCAAACGGACCAGCGUUUCUUGUUUCCGCUGAUAUAGCCGGGUUUCUAGCUUGUUGGUCCUUGGGGAGUCUUAUCAACGGACUAAACAUGAUGAGUACACAGAGUGCUACUGAAGUUGGGUUUCAUUCAAAUACCAAUCUAUCAAGUGCCAAACAUCUUCCGCUCUGGUAUGUUAUUCAAGCAAGUACUAGUCAUCCUGUAUGCGCAAUUAUGGAUGAUAUAGUUGUCGUGGGUGGAUCACAAGGUCUUAAGAUAUAUGCUUUGUAUGAUGGUUGUGUUCUUGGAUCACUACUCACAAACGUUUCUGGUGGGCUGUUAAGCCUUUGUCCUUCACCUGACAACAAUGGAAAUCUAUUUUGUGGUGGGAAUGAUGGUUUACUAUACACUGCUUAUAUACAAUCUCACAGGGGUUGCUAUUCCUCAGAUAAGGAAAUACACCGUUGUUUCUCUGACUCCAAUUUGUCAGCCUCACAAAAAGCAAUAAUUAUGAUGGCGAUGGAUCCGAAUUGUGAAGUGUUAGUGGUAGGUGCACGCUUUGGGUUAAUUGAAAUACUGAGACCUGACUCGUUACUCACUUGCAUACAGCGGUUCUCAGUGUUCAAUCCGUCCAUAACCAACGAUUCAACAAAUGCUUGUUUGACAGGUUUAUGUUUAAUACCUCGCCCUGAUUGGUUAUCUAAUACCAUUGGAAUAGAAUCAGUUGAUGCUAAAACUUCAUCCCAUUCCGAUCAUUAUACAGAUCAAAAUGGAGGUUUGAACUCUUCUAAUCCUCGGACAUGUUUUAUUGAACCAUUCAAAUCCCACUUCGGUUGGAGGCUUGAUGAUACAGUGUGUGUUCGCAUACCUGGAUUAGCAGAGAGGUCGAAUUUUUCGUCAGAAGAAGCAAGCGUCUUUAUGGAUGAUUUUUACCCUGUCUCAGGUAUGAGCCAAAUAAAAUUUGACAGUUUGGGAAGUGAAGAGCAUAAAGUUUUAAGACAAGAAAUCGAUCGCGUUACUGCAUCCAAUCGCGAGCUGCUUCGGAGACUCGUCAAUUUUGAAUUAAGAUCGUCAGUGUGA